AAGCCAGGUGUGUGGUUUAUGAACAAUCCAGCCAAUCAGAGCGCUAGAUGUGUUAACCCGGUGGCAUAGUUCAUUUAAACAGGAAGUCAUUUACAUACAAGGCGCUAAAUUCAAGCGUGGUGGUGUUGGGAAAAGGCGACUUGUUCGCGCCAAGCAUGGUGACGUUGUUUGACGGGAUCAGCCAGCAGCUGGACUUCUCUAGCUGUGGAGAGGAGGGGUGCAGCAGUGACAACAGCUCUGAUGACUGCACGUUCAGGAUCCGAAGUCCCAGGAUCUGCAAUCCCAGCUCUGCAUGCAGGACGCCCAGGGUGCAACGCCACCGCAGUAGAAGCAACACCUUAUCUUCCCCUUUACAGUGCACCAGCCCCAUACCUUACGCUUCCUGGAGGAAACUGAGGCUCUGUGACUCUCCCAGCACGCCCAAGAGCCUGCUAUCGAAGUCGUCCCAGCCUUUCUCCAGCACCAGGAUACGUGUCCAUCAGAGGACCCUGCGUUUCUCCUCCAUUGCUGCUAACCUCACCCAUGCACCUUCUGUCAAUGUGAAUCCUUUCACCCCUGACACAGUCCGCAGGAACAACGAGCAGCAGUGGAGGAACAGUUGUGAUGAUGAUGAUGAUUAUGGACGCAGGUUGAAACACAGCCUAACGUCAUCUGAGGAGGAUGAUGAAGCCUUUCUCCCACCAAAGAGGCGAGCUGUCCAAGCCAUAAUGCUGUCACGCUAUGAGAGUGAGUUCUUGGAGCUGGAGUGCAUUGGCGUGGGCGAGUUUGGGGCAGUUUACAAGUGUGUGAAGAGGCUGGAUGGUUGCUUGUACGCCAUAAAACGCUCUCGCCGACCCCUGGCAGGCUCUGCCAAUGAGCAGUUGGCCCUAAAGGAAGUGUAUGCGCAUGCUGUUCUUGGGCACCACCCACAUGUUGUUCGCUAUUAUUCAGCAUGGGCAGAAGAUGACCACAUGAUUAUUCAGAAUGAAUACUGUGAUGGUGGAAGUCUCAAUGAUGCCGUCGUGAAGAGGGAGGUGCAGGGUGAGCUGUUUUCAGAGGCAGAGUUGAAAGAUCUGCUCUUACAAGUGUCUAUGGGGCUAAAAUACAUCCACAGCUUAGGCCUCGUACACCUGGACAUCAAACCAAGUAAUAUAUUCAUUUGCCAGCGUCCCAGCACAAAUACAGCGGGUGAAGGGGAGAGUGAGGACGAAGAUGACGGAAGCACUUCAGCAGGAGUCAUUUACAAAAUUGGGGAUCUGGGUCAUGUGGCAUCAACCAACAGCCCUCAAGUUGAGGAAGGGGACAGCCGCUUUCUGGCCAGUGAGGUCUUGCAUGAGGAUUACAGCCACCUCCCCAAGGCAGACAUCUUUGCUCUGGGGCUCACGGUGCUGCUGGCAGCUGGUGCUCCUCCUCUGCCCCAAAAUGGAGAUGAAUGGCACAGCCUUAGAGAGGGCCAGCUACCCAAACUGCCAAAGGAGCUAUCACCUCCCUUCAGAGGCCUACUUCAGUUGUUGCUGGAUCCAGACCUGACGAAGCGGCCGUCUGCCAGGGAGCUUUGCAAGCACACAGUCCUAAGGGAGAAGAGGACUGGGAGGCUGGCUGCUCAGCUACGCAGAGAGCUCAAUGUUGAGAAGUUCAGGACGGCCAUGCUGGAGAAAGAGCUCCAGGAGGCUCGUCAGGCAGCUUUGUCACCCAAGCAGAUGCCCACUCCUGGGCUAAACCCCCCUGCUAAGAUGGGGUCUCUACCCAGAACAGGGAGGAGGCUUGUUGGUAGGAGGACUGUGCGAUCCAUGAGCUUUGGUUGCCCAGGGUAUGGAGUCUGAUGGGACAUUGUGAGGCCCACAUGCCUGUCCUUUGCUCUGAUGCAGUGUGGUUAUGUGAUUUUCCUAAUACAGCACUGAUUUUGUUGGGACUGAUUUUGAAAUAACUGGAUGAAGAAUCCUAUAUGAGUCUUCUAAGUGGACGCAGUGUAACGGAAGGAUUGGGGAGCCUUGGACAGCAUUGGUUUCAAAGGACUAAUCUGAUUGAAACACUGUUCAAGUGAUUUUCAACAGAUUAUAACUGCUGCAGACCAGUGUACUUAACCGAUUAAGGACUUUUGUUUUUUGUCUUUUUUUUUUUUUUAACUGUAAAUAAACAUUUUAAUCAGAUGGA